GCGGCUGUGAUUUGAUUUCUUAUUUUCUUACAAAAAAUACUAAUUGGAAAAGGAAAUCAAGAAUGGCUAACUACUCCCAAGUAACGCAUGUUCUAUUUGAUAUGGAUGGCCUGUUAUUAAAUACAGAAGAUCUAUACACAGUUGCCUUCCAAAAUGUAGUGUCUAGAUAUGGUAAAGACUACACAUUUGAUAUCAAACUGAAAAUCAUGGGCUGUCAGGCACAAGAAUCAGCUAAGGUAGUUGUAAAUGCUCUAGAGUUACCUAUAACAGCAGAAGAAUUUAUGAAGGAAACUAAAGGGCAGUUUGAAGUCUUAUUUCCUGAUUCUGAAUUAAUGCCAGGUGCAAGAAGACUCAUAGAGCAUUUCCAUAAAAACAAAGUACCAAUAGCAUUAGCAACAAGUUCUGCAGAGACAGCAUAUCAUAUGAAAGUCGAUAAACACCAUAAAGAGCUAUUCGAUUUAUUUGAUCACAAAACAUUUGGCUCAUCAGACCCAAGUGUGAAAAGAGGAAAACCUCAUCCAGACAUUUUCUUGGUUGCUGCUGCAAAGUUUUCAGAUAAUCCAAAACCUGAACAGUGCUUAGUCUUUGAAGAUGCAGUGAAUGGUGUGAAAGCUGCAAGGGCGGCUGGAAUGCAAGUUGUGAUGGUCCCAGAUCCUAGAGUAGACAAAAGCUUGACUGAAGAAGCUACAAUUGUUUUGAAAAGCUUAGAGGAGUUUGAUCCUAAACUAUUUGGACUGCCUCCAUUUGAAAACUAGCACAAAUAUAGAUAAAUACUUAUUUAUUGUGAUAAAAAAUCAGUGAGCGUGUGAAAUGUUCCAAUAUAGUUCUAUUUUGUUUUUAUUGUGGUACUUAGUUUAUUGAACUUAAAUGUUCUUACUUAAUUAUUAAAAAAAAAUUAACUAA